AUGUCAAACCCACAAGAAGAGGUCUAUAAAGAGUACGCAAACUAUGACUGGGAUUCCUUUACUGAGUUCCAAGAAGGUAUAGCCCAAAUAAUGGACAAUCAUUUACAAUCCAUGCAGGAACAAGACCCAUCUAUCACCUCGAUUCCAGCAUUGGACCGCCAACAGUUAAUCGAUCAAGCCAAGAGUUUCUUCUUUUGUAGCAAGACAGGCCAUAUAUUCAACUUGGACGACUACGAGCAAUGGAAAUUGCACAGCAAUGUGGACGACAAAGGUAAAAAUGUUGACAAAAUUGAGCCUAAAAUUCAAGAAAUCGCAUCAGAAGAAGAAGCACUGGAAGCCCCUUAUUCUUCCAAUUAUCAAGAACUUGUAGAACUCAUCGUUGCAGGAAAACCAGUUCCAGGGAUAAAAGAGAUUCCUGAUACGAUACUACCUGAAAAAAGCAGCAAACCGGUGCAGCAGCAGCGUACAAAGCCAUGGGAAAGAGCGAAAGAAGAGUAA